UCUUUACUUCUUAUUCUUUGAUUCUUACUCCUCACUUCCUAUUCCUCACUUCUCAUUCCUCUCGACCGUUUGUUUGUCUCUAUAUUUUCUAUUAUCAUUUCUUACCUACCUCUCACCUCUCUCAGCUUAAAUAUACAAAUUCAUAUCAACCAUGCCCACCCUCGCCUUACAAGAUCCACGGCCAUCCUCUACAGCACUCUUUUCACCUCCCUCCAGCUCCUCAUCUACGACUACAUCAGCAGCAACUUCAAGUCUUAUGUCCUCCAUCCCUCCAACCACUACCCCAUGUCCGAUUCCAAGCUGCGCGCCCAGCACUCGCUCCUGUCCUCCCUGUGAAUCCAGCUAUGAGUGUCGCCUCAGUGUGAUCCAAUCUAGCUGUCAAUGCCCUGUCGCCAGCUGUGUCAAAAAAGUCGACUUCGAUACCGGCAAUAGUGAUGGAUCCAUUGGACCAGGCACCGGUGUUUCAAACGGGUCGUCAGGGGGCAGAUCUAUAUUGGGACCUGUGCUCGGCAGUCUUACUGGGUUGAUUAUCAUCCUUGUCAUUGUGUUCUUCAUCGCGAGGCGCAAGCGUCAGCAGCGGCGAGAUGUGGACGGCAAUAGACUGAUUGACCAGGAGGGACAAUUUUACAAGUUUGAUGGAUCUGUGGAUGCGUUCGACGAUACCAACAAGAAGAUACACGAAAGUAACCAGGUCUGGCGCGGGCAUCGACAAGUUCUGAAUCUGCUGCCUAGCAGGAUAGCCACAAGUGACACUUUACUGUCCCUGAAAUUGCCUCAACCUCCUGGGCACCCUACCUUUUCUUGGUGAAUCAGUUUCAUUUUAAUUAAUUUCCAAUCCUUCCUGGACAUCCCUAAUCCACCACUUUACCACCUUUUAAUACUCCACACGCGACUAGCCCCUGGUCAUGGGCAUUUCAUCAUUGCAGGGGCCAUGCGCACCCUUUUCUCAACAUUUCAGAGA